CGAGAAGGGCCUGGCCAUUGCAUGAGUUGCAUUCACAGAAGGAUAUCCUCCACCACACUAUUGCAUGUUCAUUGAACAGAAAACGCCUGAUUGACUCCAGAAUGCUCAAAACAUGGCAUGUUCUGUCAUUGGAAUGUUAUUUGUGUUUAUGGAAACCGAGCCCCCUCUGGAGUUUCCCUCCCUUCUCCACCACUGUCUUAGGGUUACGGGCUUACCUCCCCAAAAAAGGAGGGGCGGAGGAGGGGCCGAAGAAGGGCGGAGGAGGGGCCAGGAGGGGCGGAGGAGGAGCGGAGGACGGGCGGAGGAGUGGAGGAGGGGCGGAGGCGAGGAGGAUGAGCAGAGGACGGGUGGAGGCAGAGCGGAGAAGCUGCGGAGCAGGGGCGGAGAAGCUGCGGACGAGGAAGGACAAAGGCACGGAGAAUGAGCGGAGGAGGAGGGGCGGAGGCAUGGAGAAUGAGCAGACGAGUGGGGGGGAGGAGGGGCAGAGGAGGAGCAGAGGAAGAGCUGCAGCGGUGGGCCGGAGGAGGAGCGGAGGAGCAGCGGAAGAGCGGCGGAGGGUUAGUGGAGAAGGAUGGGCAGAGGAGUGGAGGCUUGUCCUUGCGGGUGAGUUCGUGGAGAGGGUAAGAGAUCUCGAAAAAGUUGCGAAUGAACGGGCGGUAAUAGUUGGCAAGGCCAAGGAAGGAACGGAGUUGGAGGAAGGUCUUGGGUGGGGGGUACUCGACGAGGGUUGUGACCUUCAAGGGGUCCAUACGGAUGCCUUCAGCGAAGACAAUACGGCCGAGGUAUUCGACGCUCGAAGCGGCAAACGUACAUUUGUUGAGCUUGGCGUAGAAUUUUUGCUCUCGGAGGAUCGCGAGGACUUGGCAGAGGUGCUAAAGGUGGGACUCGAAGGUGGGGCUGAAGACAAGGAUGUCAUCAAGGUAGACAACAAGACAGACUUCGAGGAGGUUGCGGAAGAUGUGGUUCAUCGUGGAUUGGAAGGUAGCGGGGGCAUUGGUGAGUCCGAAUGGCAUCACGAGGAACUCGUAGUGCCCGAACCGAGAGCGGAAGGCGGUCUUGUGGGUGUCCUCCUCGCGGAUACGGAUUUGGUGGAAGCCACUACGAAGGUUGAUCUUAGUAAAGUACUUGGCUCCACGGAGACGAUCAAGGAGCUCGGAAAUCCGAGUGAUGGAGGUGGUGUCUUCGGGGGUGAUGUGGUGGAAAAAGCGGGUGCGGGAGGUGCCGGGGGGGGCCUGGUGGUGGGGGUGGAGGAGUCGAUCGUGGUGGAGCAUGCGAGAGAGGAGGUCAGCAAGGGGCAUGUCGGGUUCGUGGGCGAGGGCAGUUGCAAGGUCUUUGUGGCAUACUCGUUURAUGCGGGAGAUGAACGCACAGUCGGGAAUGACGGUGUGGGGGAGGUGGUGUCGGAGGGAGCGGACGUAYUGGACGARGCGGUCCGUGGGACCGGUCUGGCGGAGGUGGCAGAAUUGUUCAAGGUAGUCRUCAAUGGUUUUCUGGGGGCGGAAGGUGGCAGUGAGGAGGGUGGCCCAUUGGAGGAAGGUGUGGCGUGGUCCUCCGGAGGCUCGGCGGUUGCUAGCUUCAGCCAUCCACCAUUUGGCUGYAUUGCCGAGGAGGCGGGAGGUGGCAAUGGGGAGCCAGUGGGCAAGGGGCAUGUGUGCGGGGGGGAAAGAGGGGUGACUUUGAUGGGCGAGGAAUCAGGCGGUGUGCUGGAUGCGCCGAAUGAGGGAGGAGGUGGAGGGAACGGAACGAUGGUGGGGAUUGAAGGGUUGGUGGAUAUGGCGGUAGAGGUGGUAGGAGUGGAGGAGGUCUGCGGGGGGGUGUUGCUAGAGGCGGCUGUGGAGGAGGGAGUGGUUUGCGCUGUGGGGGUUGGAGUGGUUUGCACUGUGGAGGUUGGAGUAGUUUGCACUGUGGGGGUUGGAGUGGUUUGCGCGGCGGUGACGACCGUGAUGGAGGGGGUGGUCCCUUCGAGCGUGGUGACGCGGUCGCAUAUGGACGACAUGUUGGCCUUUAUGUCGUCGAGAGAGGCGGUGACGGAGGUUCGGGGGGUGUUGAGUGCGUGGAGGAUGGCGGAGAGGUCGAGGGUGGCGGUGUUUGCUGGUGGUUGUUCGCCUGCGAGGUUGCGGGCGAUGCUGUCAACUGAGUCGGUGCGGAUGUCGGACAUGUUGAUGGAGGAUGCGGUCAUGUCGGGGGAAGAGGGGGUGGAGGACGUGGCCUGAGCGGGUGUGGAGGAUGCAGCAGCAGUGAUGGCGGCGGCAGCAGCGGCGGCGUCGAAGGCGGAGCGUUGGGAGUUCUUGGUUUGGCGUGGUGGCAUGUGGAGGGUGGGGGGGUAAUCCCUUAUUUAUUUAUUAAUAAAUUCAAAAAUAAAGAUAAUCCCCAAGUUUUUUUUUCAAAAAUAAACGCUGAACAGAAAGAGUUAAUUAAUUUCGAAAAAAUAAAUUCUGAUGUAGAUUUAAAUUUAUUUACAAGAAAACGUGAAAUUUCAAAAGAACAUAUUUUUGAAUUACGGGGGAAAAAUGAAUAAAUUCUGAAAAGAAUU